AUGACAAUUGCUGCCAUUCCCCCGAUAGGAUACAGCAUGACACCUGGUUUGAACGCAAAUGGGACGGAUGGUCCAUUUACGGAGCUAGAGAAGGUAGCUGUCAGGUCACUGGAUGUCAGAGACUAUUCUGAUCGCUUACGGGUUCACAGCAUCCAUAGACACCGCUCUACGACGAAUGAGGGCUCCACGGGUCUGGACGCCCCCACAUACGGCUGUGAUUAUCGCCGUAGUGGUGUUCCGACGUCGGUCGGCGCUGCGAACACCCCAAGUGUUUUAGAAGGUAAAGCCUCGGUCUCAACCUACCGAAAUGGGAUUGUGUUCUACGACCCUUACGCCACGGCCAGCCAUCGUGGAGUCGUUAGAGUAGUGGGGAACGUCGGCAACGGCGACGAGAAGCACUCAGUGGCUGUACUCAACACGCAAGACUCGCAAUUCUCUCUCGCAGAACUGUGGCACCUCGCCAACGUCAGACGCCGCAAAGUACCCAUUGAUGCUUCGGUAAUUGUUGCGAUCAACCUCCCACCGAUCUGA